UAUACUUUAGGGCUCCUCAUCAAGUGGGAAGAAGGAGCCAGGGUUUGAGUGCCCGGAGACGCUCGAGCUUCUUGGCGUAGAUCUCUCUCUUUGUCGUCUCCAGGGAAAGGCUCGGCCGUCUUGUUCCAGAUCUUGGUGAGGAGUGAGCCGAGAUUUACCGUUUCCUUCCUGCACAGGGAUUAUUCUGUGAUUUCACGCUUGACUUCUGGUGGCCUUGCCAGAUUUGCUUGUUUUGUUCCUUGACGGGAAAAAUGGCGGUCCAGAGGUGUGGGGACGACGCACCACAGCUUCUAUGGUACGCUACAACGCUAGGCCAUAAGAAGUUUUGGUGCUUAGAGCAAGAGGACGACAUUGCAAUGGUCGCGGAGGUGUUCUAGUGCUUCAGAGUUUUUCGAGGCAUUUGGAGCGGCUGUUCUUCGCAAAAGAUCUUGAGCGGAAUGGGUCUGUGUGUGAGUAAGUCGAGUGCUCGCUCAACCCCUGGCUCCGAAAAGUCCGAAAAGUGUCGCUGGGACAAACACGGUAAUGUGUUCUUCCCAGUGAGGCGGGCGUCUUACACGGAAGACGAAGAUGGAACUCGAAAACACCAAGCUAGAGCAUUCAUGAAUCCGGUUUACACCGAGUGUGAGAGCCCGGGGCAGACGAAGAGAGGCUUUUCAAGUAUUUCUAAGCUUCUCAGAGGUUCCAAGGUCCCCCCGCUGCAGCUUAGGCGACACCCUUUGUCUCCAUCGAGAACAAGGUGCCGGGAUUUGCUAGGAGCGAAGGCCAUCACUAGUGGCAUCCACGAUUUACCAGGGGGAGAACAGCCUAAACGAACUUUGCUGAAGUUCAUGGAAGCCGAUAAGAGCGGGGUUCUCUCGCUGAGCAGAUCUUCCAGUGCUAAAGAAGGUAGCCUUACAAGGUCUUCUAGCGCGAAAGAGGCGGCACUCUCUCGGUGCUCUAGUCAAAAGGAAGGCAAGCGAGAUUUGGCGGGGGACUCCGUAAGGCCGAGUCCGGAUCACUUGGCUACCAUCGCUUGUUUGAAGGCUGCCAACUUCAAGUUUAACGACGGUCACGCUGCAGACAGAAAGGACGACGAAGAGACUCAGCAAGCAACCGAGAUCUCUGGUGAGAAGGUUGAAGCCGCUGUCACGAAAUCUUUGGCCGAAGCUGCUCCACUGACCAGAGGACUUGGAUUACCGUGCUACCAGACUCUGGUCUUUCGCGCAGUCUCUCCAGAUAAGUCAAGGGGACGGUGUACAUCGUCGCAUUCAUCUUUAAGCAGCGAGGAACUAGCCGCUGUUACGAAUCGUCAGCGCCGACGGUCCCCCAGCAGGAAGUCUCCGGGGCGAAGAUCGCCUCGGAAAGGUUCUCCUAACAAAAGGACCGGGAGCGGUAACUUUGUCUUGAAUGCUUCGGCAGCACGGUUUCAAAAAUCCCUGCCGGGUGCAAGGACUGAGACUGCAAAGCCUCCUCAAGUGCCGAAAGACGUUACGGCCAAAGCUCAAGGAAGGUCAGCUCUGCGGGAACUACCGUUAAACAGUUUGAAGCCUCAACACUGUCGCAGGCAUUCCUCACCAGUCAAGACUUUUACAUCUGGUAACUUUCACCAUCCAACAGCGCCAGCCAUGAAGCUUGUUCCUGCGUCGACGAACAGCGUCUUAAAAUCGGAAAAGUUUUCGGUUUUCAGUGAUGCGAUCCAUCUCGACAUUCAGUCGAGCUCUUCAGUCACGACCGAAGAGUCAGCCGGAGUAAAUCCAUCCUGCCUCAGCAAAGAACCUCGUUCGGGAUCAAAACGGCUUAGAUCACCAAAGAGGUUUACAGCUGCGCAGGAGAACCUCAACUUCCGGCUGUCGGUCCCAGGAGCUUUAGAAGACAAGUUCCUUGGGGCGACGGACGACCACACCAAAGAUAAGCACGUAGAUAUUGCAAGCACCGAUACGAACGUGGAGGACAAGCAGGUUCUGCAUGAGCAGGAGGGACAGGACGCUGGAAGUUGCUCGCCUGAUCCAGAACUCUUGGAGCUGCUUGAAAGGACUCCGAAGAAACUUAAAAAGAUGGCGUUGAAGCUAGCUCUGAUGAUUGAGCUGGAUCAGUCCAGCGGUGAGGAGGAGGACGAAGUUAAGCAGGAUGUAGAUCUCGAGCUCAAGUUGGGAAUGGCGGCCGACAAGAGCAAGAGGUCAAACAGGGAUGGUAUCAAGCUGGAUCUGAGCGUGGCACUUGACUCCCCUACGAGAACAGGCUCCACUUCCGUCCCGGCCACUCCACGACAGUCAAUAAGCUCAACAUGCAAUGGUCUGUCCGUCGAAGCGAGGAUAGGUUCGUCCAAGCACUCGGAGUUCUCCUUUCACAUAAUGAAGAACCCGGAUGAGCUAUUUGGUAAGGUUCCUCGGUUUCACAUUUCAAGGACACAGCAGAGAGAAGAAUCAACGUCAUCAUUCCAUCUGGACACAUCUUCGAAUAAGGUUGCUGUGGAUUUGACAGCUUCACAAGAACAAAACUGUGACCGGUGCACGCAUUCUUCGAAUGAGGACAGGGGAAGUUCCAAAAACGCUGCAGCUCCGGUUCAGAGGUGUUCAUCGUUUGGCUUUGAGAAUGACGAUCACGAAAAAGCAGCAGCGGAGAGCGUCAUUAUUGAAGAGGACAAAGAGAGGACUCCUGGCAAAAGACGCGACUUCAAGGACCUGGACCUCAACAGAGAUGCCUGGCUGGAGGAUGAUCAUCCAUCGCCUGGCUUCGAGUUUCAAGUUAAGUCUGCUGGACUCAAGUCCCUGCCAGCCACACCCGUUAUGCCUACAGCUCCAAAGGUGACAGAGACAGACGCCUUGUCCCUCUCAGCUGACGAGAUUGCCGAGAUCUGGGGCGCCUUCGAGGCUGGCCAGGAGGAGAUUUCCACUUAAGAAAAAGAACUCAGCGGUCAUCGUGGCUCCUGUACUCCCCCUAGCGCAAAACAAGAAUCUAGCAAUCGCUUCCAGAGCACUGCUUUUGUGUGGAACCGACCACCAGCUUUCUUUUUAAUUUCCCGCAAGUCGUAGCUAUCAAAUGUGUUCUUUCGGUGAAGUGAUGGCUCGCUGUUUAGAGGAAGGCCUUGAUGGUUCGCCCACUCCUAAAGUCCUCACACAAGGAAGGAAAAAAGAAAGAUCAAAGCCCGUGAUCUCAAUGUGGGGGCCCUCUUCCCUCACACUCUUUUGUUCCCGUGUCAAAAAUUCAUGGUUCGCGUUUCUUUU